UCGAACGCACAUGACAACCAUUCCUCCAUGACAACGGCUGCUGGAGAGUGCGAGGAAAAAACGUUUAUAUCCUCCUCCUUUAGGCGACAUCCAAUCAAAUAAACAACAAAACCAGCAUCAUCUUAGAGCUAUUUCAGUUCAAACGCUCCUUGUUUGCGAAAAUAUAAAAGGUACUUGGUCUAAAAACACAGAAAUCAUCGUGACUGUCCUCCUCGCCUGAUAAUGGCCACCAGUGCAAAGAGACCCUCCCUGCAGGGUCCCAUACCCCCUCCGCGCAAGAAGACCACCCCCAAACUGGAGCUGACAGAGGAGCACAAGCAGGAGAUCAGGGAGGCCUUUGAGCUGUUUGACACGGACGGAUCUGGACUUAUUGAUGUGAAGGAUCUGAAGGUGGCUUUGAGGGCCAUGGGGUUUGAACCAAAGAAAGAAGAGAUCAAGAAGAUGAUUAAUGAAGUGGACAAGGAAGGCACGGGAAAGAUCACCUUCACAGACUUCCUGGCCGUUAUGACCCAGAAAAUGGCUGAAAAGGACUCGAAGGAGGAAAUCCUCAAAGCUUUCAAACUCUUUGAUGACGAUGAAACGGGCAAAAUCUCAUUCAAAAAUCUCAAGAGGGUGGCCAAAGAGCUGGGAGAAAACGUCACGGAUGAAGAGCUGCAGGAAAUGAUCGACGAGGCGGAUAAAGACGGAGACGGAGAAGUGAGUCAGCAGGAGUUUCUGCGCAUCAUGAAGAAGACCUGUCUGUACUGACACGUGAUGAAGGUCGAUGGAAGUGUCCUUGAAUGAAUCGUGUUAUUGCUGCAGAUUUACUGUCGUGCCAUAUGAAAAGUCUUUAAAAAACACCUAAAAUCAGAAUAUUACAGUCUUAUUGUAUUUAAUAUGUUGAAUUUGCAAGAUACAGUGUUCUGGUCUUUGCAAGUUUGUAUUGUAAAAAAAAAUCUUAAUAUAUUUUGGAGUGCGCCUGCCUAUGUACAAUCUGUUUUUGUAAUGAUUAUUUUGCCGUUUUGUGUCAUUUUGUUUCGGAUAGCCGUCUCAGGUGACGCCCCACCUCAGUGCUGCGUGUCAAUUUGUGCCUACACCAGGAGCUAAAGGCUGUUCAUAACCACUCAAAUGGAUUCUGCACAACCUUUACAACCUUCACACUUUUCUUUGUGGAUUAUCAUUACACUUGUACUGAACUUGUCAAUUAAAAACAAACAUGCAACUUUA